UGCCUGCGGCGCUCGGGGGAUGCUCAGCGGGCAGGGCCGCCUCUCCCGCAUGCCCGGAGCCUCUCCUUCUGCUGGGGGGGGUGGAGGGCUGGAGAAGGUUUGCUUUUCCUCUCUGCUUGCGAUCCUAGCCCGGAAAACCCUCAUGGAGAAAUUCUUCCUGUAUGGAUCAGCCUUCUAGUGAUGGUGAAACUGGAAGAAGACCACUCUAAGCAAACGCAGGAUGAAUCGCGUCCCAGCUGAUGCAGAAAAUGCUCACAGUAGCAGUGUGGAAUCUUGUCCUUCCUUGCGGGAUGUCCACUCCAUUAACCCAACGCAGCUGAUGGCAAGGAUUGAGUCAUAUGAAGGCAGGGAGAAGAAAGGCAUAUCAGAUGUCAGAAGGACUUUCUGUUUGUUUGUCACAUUUGAUCUCUUAUUCAUAACCUUACUGUGGAUAAUAGAAUUAAAUGUAAAAGGAGGCAUUGAGACUACCUUAGAGAAAGAAGUUCUACAUUAUGACUACUCUUCUUCAUAUUUUGAUAUAUUUCUACUGGCAGUCUUUCGGUUUAAGGUGUUAAUACUUGCAUAUGCAAUGUGCAGACUGCGCCAUUGGUGGGCAAUAGCUUUUACAACAGCAGUGACCAGUGCCUUUUUAUUAGCAAAAGUAAUUAUUUCACAGCUGUUCUCACAGGGUGCUUUUGGCUACGUGCUCCCCAUCAUAUCCUUCAUACUUGCCUGGAUUGAAACUUGGUUCUUGGACUUUAAAGUGUUACCACAAGAAGCUGAAGAAGAAAAUAGAUUUUUGAUAGCACAGGAUGCUUCAGAACGAGCAGCUCUUCUUCACCCAGGAGUCCUCUCUGACGGGCAGUUCUAUUCUCCUCCUGAGUCUGUCGCAGGUUCUGAUGAAGACUCUGAAGAAAAGCAAGACAGUGAAAAACCAAUUGUAUAGCAAAUAAGGAAAAGCAG